UAAAAAUGCCUGUUGGAAGUCAACCUUCUCCAUCUGCCAUGUUCGGUCCUUAUGGCCGUAUACAACAAACAACUCCGCCACUUAAAGGAUCGUUUCCUUUAGAUUAUGAAAAAGAAUGUCAUUUACAAAUGCUUAAAUAUAUGGCUUGUUUAAAUAAAGAAAAAAGUCAAAACGGCCCUUGUCGUAUAUUUGCAAGAGAUUAUUUCAAAUGUCGAAUGGAUAAAGGGUUAAUGGAUUCUGAAGAGUGGGAAAGACUUGGUUAUGCCGAUAUUGAAGAUAAAAAUAAUUUAAAUAAUUCUGAACAAAUAAAUAUUAAAAAUCAAAACAAAAAAUGA